GGGAGUGGCUCCAGGGGCCUCGGGGAGCUGGCGCCCUGGGCGCCGGUGCUGACCUUCUCCCCCGCCCCGGCGCCUCUUGCCUCCGCUCAGCAGGGGCCUCGGCUCCGCAGCUGCCACUCCUCCUCGGGGUGUUGCACAAGUUUCGAGGUCACCGGCGACCCCCCCUAGCAGCGCACCUGGCUCUGGCCCCCGCGAAGGAGGACGGGGCUUGUGUGGCAUACUUUCUAAGGCGGCAACAGCGGCUCCUUCCGGCCCUUGGCUCCCCUUCCGGCAUGGCUGGCUACCUGAGCGAGUCGGACUUCGUGAUGGUGGAGGAGGGCUUCAGUGUCCGCGACCUGCUGGAGGAGCUCGCUCUGGGGUCCUCACAGGCCACCACGGGCCCGGGGGCUGCCUUCUUUGUGGCUGACCUGGGUGUGGUGGUGAGGAGGCACUUCAGCCUUCUGCAGUGCCUGCCAAGGGUCCGGCCCUUUUAUGCCGUCAAGUGCAACAGCAGCCUGGGGGUGCUGAAGGUCCUGGCGGAGCUGGGGUUGGGCUUCCGCUGUGCCAGCAAGGCAGAGAUGGAGUUGGUCCAGCGGAUUGGUGUCCCUGCCAGCAAGAUCAUCUACACCAACCCCUGCAAGCAGAUCGCACAGGUCAGGUACGCGGCCCAGCGUGGGAUCCAGCUGCUGAGCUUUGACAACGAGGUGGAGCUGGCAAAGGUGGUAAGAAGCCACCCCAAUGCCAAGAUGGUCCUGUGCAUCGCCCCCACCGACUCCCACUCCCCGAGCCAGCUGAGCCUGCAGUUCGGAGCGUCACUGACAUCCUGCAGGCGCCUGCUCGAGCACGCCAAGGAGAGCCACGUGGAGGUGGUAGGGGUGAGUUUCCGCGUGGACAGCGGCUGUCCCGACCCGCAGGCCUACACACGGUCCAUCGCAGAUGCCCGGCUGGUGUUCGAAAUGGGCGCCGAGCUGGGCCACAGGAUGCACGUCCUGGACCUUGGCGGUGGCUUCCCUGCCCUGGAGGGGACCAAAGCGAGAUUGGAAGAGAUCGCUGCUGUGAUCAGCUCGGCCUUAGACCUGUACUUCCCGGAGGGCUGUGGUGUGGACAUCCUGGCGGAGCUGGGGCGCUACUACGUGGCCUCGGCCUUCACCGUGGCAGUCAGCGUCGUCGCCAAGCAGGAGGUUCUUCUGGGCCAGCCCGGCAGGGACGAGGAAAAUGGUUCUGCCCCCAAGACCUUCAUGUACCAUCUCCACGAAGGCGUGUAUGGAAUCUUCAACUCAGUCCUGUUUGACAACGCCUGCCCCACCCCCGUCCUGCAGAAGAAAGCGGCCACGGAGCAGCCUCUGUACAGCAGCAGCUUGUGGGGCCCGGUGGCUGAUGGCUGGGACUGGGUGGCGCUGUGGCUGCCGCAGCUGCACGUAGGGGACUGGCUGGUCUUUGACAACAUGGGCGCCUACACCAUGGGCACAGGUUCCCUCCCCGGGGGGACCCGGGCCCACCGUGUCACCUAUGCCAUGUCCCGGGUAGCCUGGGAAGCGCUGCGAGGCCAGCUGCUGCCUGCGGAACAGGACGAGGACGCCGAGGGGGCGUGCAAGCCUCUGUCCUGUGGCUGGGAGAUCACGGACACCUUGUGUGUGGGCCCCGCCUUCACCCCGGCGAGCAUCAUGUGAGCGGCCCCAUUCCCGUCCCCACAGAGACCCCGCGGGG